CAAUUUCCCCAUUUUCUUCAAGUCACGAAACACACGAACAAUUAAGAGUCCCCUGAGAUGGGAGGGGACUGGCCUCGAAUCAAUGGGGAGCACUCAUUUCUUAUCCCCAUCCUCUCUCUAUCAGUUCUUCAUAAACCCUACUAAAACCCUUCUAAACCCUAAUUUCUCAUCCAAAUUUCGCUGCUCAUCAUCAUCUCGACCCAAUUGGGGUUCCAAUUCCGACACAUUCCGGCGCCGGCGCUCCGAAUUUGAAGAGGAAUUCGGGAGGAGGGAGAAACGGAGAAACUGGUGGUCCGACAAUGAAGAUGAUGACGGAGAAGAAGAUGAUGACAUGGAGUUUGGAUUCUGGGAAGAGCCUUCUACUGCUAUUGACUGGUUUUUCAAGAUAUUCAAAGCCUUUGGAUGGAUGGUUCCAGCAGUUAUGGUAUCAGCACUACUAGGGAAUACAGGAUCCAACUCAUUAAUCAUGGCAUUGGUGCUUCCCCUGGGCCAAACAGCCCUUUCCCUAGUGAUGGAUAAAUUGUGGGGAGGCCCAAGUUCUAGCGCAAAUUUCAGGCCCAAACCCAAAUCAAGGUCUAAGUCCAAGUCCAGAAGCAGGUCCAGGCCCAAGGCAAGAUCCCGUCCACGUCCGGGAAAUGGUGGUUAUCAGUCAUGGGGUGCAGCUAAAAAGGGUGGAAAAAGCAGUUCAAAAUUCGGUGGAUGGGAUGAGCUUGAUCCAGAAAUAUCGAGCAGCACCAGCUUUUCAGAUGAGCAAAGGCAAGAGGUUGAAGUUGACGCGCUCCAGAGAGUAUACGCCGACCCAGGUAAAUUGAGUAGGACGAUAAGCACCAGGGAAAAACCCUUGUUCAUAAGGUUACUGAUUGCUGUGUUUCCGAUUUUGGGUUCAUGGACCAGAUUCUUUUUCUAAUUUGAUUGUAAAUAACAAAAAUCAGCAACAUGAAGAACUAUACAUAUGUUAGUUUUAGAUUAUGUGAUUUAUAAGCAGCUUAUGUUUCCUGAA